AUGGGCAAGGUCAAGUUGGCCAAGAAUAUCGAGACGAACGAACAGUGUGCUGUCAAGAUAGUGCCUAGACAGUCGACCGAUGAGCACCGCAACCAAGCGGAUCGUGAGAGGGCAGAUCACUCCAAGGAGAUCCGGACGGCCAGGGAGGCCGCCAUUGUUACUCUGGUCAACCACCCUUACAUUUGUGGCAUGCGCGAUGUUGUUCGGACGCAUUAUCACUGGUACAUGCUCUUCGAGUACGUCAAUGGUGGGCAGAUGCUUGACUACAUCAUCUCCCAUGGCCGCUUGAAGGAAAAGCAGGCGCGCAAGUUUGGCCGCCAGAUUGCCAGCGCUCUCGACUACUGUCAUCGCAACAGCAUCGUCCACAGAGACCUCAAGAUUGAAAACAUCUUGAUCAGCAAGACCGGUGACAUUAAGAUCAUUGACUUUGGUCUCAGUAACCUGUUUUCCCCGCGGAGCACGCUCAAGACGUUCUGCGGUAGUUUGUAUUUUGCUGCUCCCGAACUUCUGCAGGCUAAGCAGUACACCGGGCCUGAGGUUGAUGUGUGGAGUUUUGGUAUUGUUCUCUACGUUCUGGUCUGUGGUAAAGUCCCGUUCGACGAUCAGAGCAUGCCGCAGCUGCAUGCCAAGAUCAAAAAGGGGCAUGUCGAUUAUCCACCAUGGCUUACUGCAGAGUGCAAGAACCUCAUUUCCAGGAUGCUGGUCACCGACCCUCGGCAGCGUGCCAGUCUUGCCGAGAUCAUGGUCCAUCCGUGGAUUACCAAGGGCUUCAAUGGCCCACCGGAGAACUUCCUUCCUCACAGAGAACCUCUUCAACUUCCAUUGGAUCCCCAGAUCAUCGAGAAAAUGACUGGGUUUGACUUUGGUCCUCCGGAAUACAUCACUUCCCAGCUCACCAAGACCAUCCAGUCUGAAGAGUACCAGAGUGCUGUUCGUGCUGCGGCGCAGAGGAUGCAGAACCCGACACCGGAAGCCGAACGGAAGCGCGGAGUGUUUGACUUUUACAAGCGCCGUAACUCGAUGAGCAGAGACACGCUCACCAACCCGUCGUCCGAGACCUUGCCGCUCGGCUCUGACCCUGUCAAUGCUUUCAAUCCUUUAGUCUCAGUGUAUUACUUGGUUCGGGAGAAGCAGGAGCGCGAACGUGCUGAAGCGAACCCAGGUGCUCUCAGUAUGCCCAAGGUGCCUGGCGAGAAGCCCUUCAAGAUCCCAGACCUCCCGGCACCUGAGGCGGCCUACACCAACAGCAACUCCUACGAGAUGGCUGGAGAGAGGCCGACUGGCGGUCGUUCCAGACCUAGGGCUCGGACGCAUGGCGAGGAAGAGGUCACUGAGGGCUUGCAGAAGAUGAACCUGAACCCUCCGCCUCCACCUCCGCCAGCUGUCAUGACCCCGCCAAAUGAGCCAGCUCCGACAAAGAAAGAAAGCACCACUACGGGUCUACUUCGUCGGUUCAGCACGCGGAAGCAUGCCAAGUCUACAGGACGUGACAGGUCCAACCCUCCUCCUGCCAUCAACGUGCCGCAAGGCGAAGAGAAGGAAAGCUCCGGCUUCCCUCUGCGAAGCUUCAGUAUGCGCAGACCUAGGGACAGAAGCGCCCAUUCGCCUUCGCAUGCGCCGCCUACCGACCAUCCCGAUAUGCUUACUCCAUCAACUGCUGGUCUCAGUACUACUCAAAAGCUAAAGGGGCUCGGAAGGUCGACAAGCGUCAACUCUGCUGAACUCCGCCGACGGAUGAUGAAGAGAGGAGCAUCUUCGGAUGGAGCCCAGGAGCCACUUCCUCCGCCGACGAGUGGAUCGGACAAGUCCAGUGUUGGCGGCCAUCGCCCUGUUCCUAGAGAUGUCAAUACCUCUGAAGAAUUUGCGCUGGCUAGCGGUGCUCGUAGUGCUCCUGCCUCCCGGACGAAGUCUCUUGGUCACGCGCGUAGGGAAAGCAUGCAGAUACGCCGCGCACGCCGCGAGCAUGGAAGAGAGCAAAACGUCCCAGAAGAGACGGACCAGGAGGUUGCUGAAGCCGAGGCCAACGAGUCCGCUGAAGAGGCUCGGAGCCCCGAGACCAUCAAGCCGGUCUACCUGAAGGGCUUGUUCAGUGUCUCCACUACUAGCAGCAAGCCUCUGUCGGUGAUCCGCACGGAUAUCAUACGUGUUCUCAAGCAACUGGGCGUGGAGUACUGGGAGAGUCGAAGCGGAUUCAGCUGCCGUCAUUCUCCUAGCAUUGACCUCAACCAAGCCAACGACAAUCCGUCCUCGCAAUUGAGCCCUAACCAGGCUGCGUCUGGCGGGUCAUCACACAAGCGGAGAAUCAGCUUUGGAGGCCUGAUGGGGGCUGAGCGUGAGCGCGACGAGGUCCGAGACAACGCACAAAGGACUCCUCAGACGCCUAGAUCUGCUCGGCGCAACCGUCGCGCGGAUCAUAGUUACACGAACUCGGAGGAUUCGGACGAGAGCGAUGGCCGCGAUGACCCGAGGUCAGGCCGCGCCAGGGCUGCUGGAGAGACGACGACGCAUGUCCAGAGCGACCUUGGAGGCAGCAUGGUCCUCAAGUUCGAGAUUUACAUUGUCAAGGUGCCGUUGCUGUCGCUGCACGGUAUCCAAUUCAAGAAGGUGGAUGGUGGCACCUGGCAGUACAAGAGCCUGGCGCAGAAGAUUCUGGACGAGCUGCGCCUGUAG